UUAACUUAAUUAUUUCAAAACUUUGUUAACUUUGUUUUAAUUGAACUAGAGCCAAAACUAACGAACUUCUCACAACUGCUAUGUUCGGACCAAGAUCUGGUCUUAAAGUUGUUCUAAACAGAGAGUUUUUAAUCGAAGAUGAUGGCGUAGAAGAAAAAUAUGUCAAAUAUUCAACAAAUUCCGUCGGUCUUGUGAUGUACCCUCAUUAUCCUCUAGAAUAUGUCAGCAUAUUAGCUCCUAGACAAAUUUUACAAGCACAACAAGAACUACAGAUUGCCGUAACUCCAUUUCGCAAUAAGAAACUUAGCGGAUAUUAUAAACGAAAUCUUAAAGGUGAAAUGGUUCCAAUUUGCGCAGAUGAGAAAACUAAAAUAAAAUAUUUUCCUAAGUAUCGAUAUUCGAACUGCUUUACCAGCUGCUCUAUAGAGGCUAUUUUUCAGAGCUGUGGUUGCUUGCCAUACUAUUACACGCCUGUAGCUAAAAAAUUUUCUUUAAAGCUUUGCGAGUGGGAAGAUUUCCCGUGUCUUUACGCGAACGCAAACGAUACACGGAUUAUUCAAAAUGUUGUUAGAGAAAACUUUACGUGUGAAUGCAUAUCUCAGUGCCGAGUUGUACAAUAUAACUUACGAACUCUUACGCUUCCGCUAAAUGGUGCUCACGAUUUUAAUCCCUCGUUGUAUAAGAAUCUUUCGAAAGCUCAAUCUAUUCUAAGAGUAUUUAUGAAAUCCAGUACAUUCAGGGAAAUGGAAACAAUCCCAGUUGCUGAUGCAUUAUAUUUGCUAUGUAAGCGAUCGUUUCUAUUUUCAUAUAAUCUAUUUUACAAUGUCUUAAUGAAAAAAAUUUUUUAGCAUCGCUGGGCGGAAUAUUUAGCCUUUUCUUGGGAUGCAGUUUCAUAAGUGUUUUGGAGAUCUUUUACUUCACAGGAUUAUCUUUUUGUUCAAAGUUCAAGAAAUCAAAAUAAUGACCAAUAAAAAUUAAAUUAAUAGUUAAUAGUUAAGUCAUAAUAUCACCUUUUCCUUUAUUUAACAAGGGUCGCCGUAUGCGUGACUCUACGUUUCGUGAUGUUGGAAAUGCAACACUUAAACAAUUGAUCAAUGUCCGUAGGCGCCGCAAAGCGCUUUGACACCUCCGAUAAGGCCACGUGCAAAAAUACCAGGCGAUGCGAGCUGUUUCGAUUAUUCUGAAACCAUUCUCAAUCACCCUUACCACCUGACCAAUUAGUUCUAUUCCAAGAUUUUGGACAACUAAUGUGAACGAAUAGUUCGUUAAAUAGUUACGAAUACUUUACACUCACAAAUUCAUCAAGUCACUGCGCUAAAUAAAAGAGCUCACUUUAUGGUAUAAAACAUUCUAUACAUAGAUAACUUUUAAUAUUUUAUUGUGUAUUAUUUAUUUAUACGUACCGUAGACUAGGUAUUUUUCGUUGUUUCCGUGAGAGGCUGUAAAUAAAAGUUAAACGGUUCAAUCUUAAAUGUGUACGGUUUAAUUUUUAACUUAUUUACUUAAAACUGUUAAAAAUUGUAAGAUUCUAUAUUGCCAUGUAUAUUGUUGCCCUGUAUUUUAAAUAAGUAAUACAAUCAUUUUAUACUUUUCAUCACGUUUGUGGAAAAAUAAAUUUGUUUAAAAUAAAACUACGUUAUGUUUUGAUUAUCAGAUUUAUCUAUGUUUCAUCAAUUUUUCAAAACAUAAUAGAUUAUUUAAAGUUAACCUCGACAGGCUACGUUUGCAUGCUUGAUCAUAGCAAAACAACCUUCUACGUGAAGUGAUAAAAUCAACGUCAUUUUGAUCAAACAACAGUAUAAAACGAUACGCCGUAAAAGAAGCAUUAUCAAGCCAACAGCUCCAUACAAAAUAUUUUGCAAGUAGUGAACAUCAAAAGAGUAUUGAGAAAACUUAGAGUUUCAGCCUACCUGCAUCAUGAUAUCGAAUGCUUUACAACAUAAGCGACGUAGAGUGAAGAAGAUUACAGUGGAUCAUGUAGAAGUUCCGAAAAGAAUGAGGAGCAAUUUAUUUAAUGACGCUGAUGCAAUCCAAUUGUACAAUAGACAUAAUAUAGUAGUAAAAAAUAGAAAAGAAAUUACUCAUCAGCUUUUUCACGAAUAUCUAAAAGAAAGCUCGAUUCACGGCAUAAAGUACUUCAGUAAUUUAACAUUGAAAUCCAGCAUUAUUGGAAAGCUCUUCUGGAUUAUAAUCAUGAUCA